AUGAACCAUUCUAUAGAUUAUUAUAAUAAGUAAUAAUAAAAGUUAUAUGAAUAUAUGGUAAGCUUAACUUAGAAUGUGACUGGAGUGGAGAAGAUAGUAAGUUUAAUUGAUAAUUAAAGUUUUAAGAUUUAAUCAAAUGUUUACAUUCAUUUAGUUAGGAAAUAAAAAUUGUUGGAGAGAAAUUACAUACUCAAAUCAGUUGUGGAAAUGAACCUGAUAUUUUAGUUUGUUUAUAUUAAUAAGUGAGUAAUUACUUAUUGAGAUUGUCAUAAAAUUGGGAACUUACAGCAUAGAAAUUAAAAAGUGAAAUAACAGAGCCAUAUACACAAUUUAUAUUAAAUUUUAGAUAAACCAAUAGAAAUUUAAAUGCUGAAUCAAAAAAGCAAGUUACUGAAAUAUGGGAAACCAGAAAAGAAUUAUGUAAAACCUAAGAUGAAUAUUGGAAAAUAAUGAAAUAAUUUGAAUAAAAAACUUAAUAGACAUAAGAGUUAAUAGAUUUAAUAGAGAAAGGUAGUGCUACAAGAGAAGAUUUUUAGAAAUAAUUUGCUAGUUCUUUAAAAUUGUAAUAAUUGGCUGAUGAAUCAGAAAAAGAUUAUAAAAAGUUAUUAACAAUAACAAAUGAUAAAUGGAAAUUAUUUCAUGAAGAAUGGGAUAACAUAUUUGCAAAUGUGGGAUUGAAUGAAUAGAGUAGGUAUUCUAAAUGAAAUUUAUACUAUAUAGAAUUAUGUUUACUAAAUAAACUGUUAGUUCAUUAUUAAAAUUAUUACCCUUUGAUAAAGAUUUAACUUAAAUAGAAGAAAAGGUUACAGAUUUAGAAAUUAAAUUGAAAGAGGAUCCAAAAAUACCAAUACUUAAAUUAAUAGAAAAAAAGAUGGAAAUCAAAGAUAGUAGGCAUUAAGUAAUAUAAUUAGCAUUUAAGUUCUAAUUUGAAGAAUUCAUUAGUUAUGAAUAGUGGAAGAAGAUAAAUAUCCAUUCAGAACAUAGUAAUCCAAUCCAAUAGAUCCAACAUCAAUAGCAAAUAGUAGGAGAUAGAAUCUUAGAUGAUGAAAAGAAAAUUGUUGAUAAGUAUCUCACUUCAUUGUUUACACUUGAUAAUUCUGAUAAAAGUGAGUUACUUAUUAAAAUUAAACUAAUACUAUAAAAAUAAGCAGGUAGAAACUACUUUAUUAAUUAAUUAAUAUAAUUUCAUUCUAAAUCAAUUGAGGAAAAAUAAACCUGUAUAUAUAAAUAAUAUAUAUCUUAGCAUUUUAUUUGACAUUGUAAAAUGAACAAUUUCAAGAGUUAACAUAAUUGAUUAGACAUUGGUUAAAUUACAUUCAUUCAAAUAAUCUUUAUGAAUCAGAAGAUGUUUAUGAUUUAUUACUUAAAUCUAUAAGAAUAGUACGUAAAGAUGGAAGGGAUAGAAUAAAUCUUGCAUCUCAAUUAUCAGAUAUACCAUUAUGGAGGAAGAUAGAAAAAUGGAUAGAAUUAUUUUAAUAUAUAAAUGCAAAGAAAGUAGAUGAAAAACGAAAAUAAGUUGAAUUCUUGAAAUAACAAAAUCAAAAUAAUAUAGUCUAGAAAGGAUUUAAAAUUAUAGGAUCUAUUUUUAGAAAUUUAGGAACAAAUUAAUAAUCUUAAUUUGAACUAAAUGAAAGUGAAAUAUGUUAUAUGAUUAUGGAAGAAAUCAAUUUAUUUUUGACUUCAUUAAAAUUACCAUCAGAUUUAUCUACAGAAAUUAUAAUACAAAUAGCAUUUUAAUAACCAAGAUUUGAUAAAGAGCAUGUCAAAAAAUUAUUGGAGAAGCAAGAAGAUCUUCAUAAUACUUAAUGGAAAAAAUUGUUUAAAUCUGGAAAGAUUGCGUUGAAUCAAAAAUCAGAAAAGUAUGAUCGAAAAAAAAUGGAAGAAUAUUAAAAUAAAGUUGUUCAAGUUUUUGGUGCAAUUAUGAAGUAAUUUAUUCAUAUUUUAUUAGAUAUUUAAAUCUUGAUGAUUAACCAUGGCAAUUAUUAUUAAUUAAUAGUCAAUUUAAUAUAUAAUUAAAACAUAAGAUUAAAAAGUUUUAUUUGGUUAAUAGAUAAAUUCUAUUUUGUGAGUAAACUUAUUAAUUAAGAUUAAAAUUAAUAACAUAAGCUUUAAAAUUAGAAUAAAUGAAAAUUGAUUAUGUUGAAAUGAAAAAUAAAGUUGGAUUAGAAAUGGAUAUUAAUUAAUUAUAUGAAGAAACAAUAAAGUUAGAUGUUCAAAGAAGUCUUCAUCUACAUAAAGAUAGAAUUAACUCUUCUGUAUUAUAAAGUUUAUUGAGAAUAUAUGCAUUCUAUAAUCAAGAUGUUGGAUAUUGUUAAGGCAUGAAUUAUAUUGCAGGCUAUUUAUAUUUAAACUUUUAAGAUUAAGAAAUUGCAUAUAAAGCUUUUGAUAGAAUGAUGAAUCUCUAUUUUAAAGAUCUCUAUAUAAAUGAUUUCUCAAAACUUGUAAUUUAAUAAUCUGUUAUAUAUAGAAAAUUGGAUUUUAUUAAUUUGAUAGAUUACUUUAAAUCUUUUUACCUGAAUUAUAAUAACAUUUAAAAGAUUAAAAGAUAGAUCCAUCAUAUUAUGUUGCUUCUUGGUUUAUAACAUUGUAUUCUAAUGUUUUUCAGUAUAGUCAAAGAUCAGCACUUUUAAAUAUUAUAUGGGAUAUCUUUUUGGCAGAAGAAUGGAAAGGUAUUUAUUUUUAAUUAUUGAAUCAAGGGUUUUUCAAGGUUACUUUCUAUCUCCUUUGGUUAUUAUAACAACAUCUAUUAAAUUUAGAAUUUGAUGAUAUUCUGCAUUAUUUAGGACAACUUAUAAAAAGUGAAUUUUUCAAUAUUGAUAAUGAAAAAGAGUUGAUUAAAUUCAUUUAAAAAUAUGACAAAACUGUUAAAGAAAAUGAAUCAAUUAAGACAACUAUAUUAUAGAAAUUUAGAAUUUCUAACAGAAUGUUAAAAAGCCUAGAUUAGGAGUAUCAAAGCUUUUAAACAAAAUUGAAUAAGAAACUGACAUAAUGUUUGAAAAAAUGA